AUGCCAAGAGGUAGCCCAGAAUGGCAAAGUGCCAAGCCUUUGCUUGAGCAAGAUUACCUUGCUGUAGAAGGUAUAGUGGACAUGACCCCCGAUCAGGUCAUUGCCCUCCGCCCAGAAAUCUACGGGAAAGUUAAGAGGACCAACUUUGUCAACAACUGGAAAACCUUGAAGGAGCGCAUGAAGGCUAACAAAGACAACCCCCAACAGGGGCGACGAAAGAAGGCAUCAGGGCCAACAGCCUGGGAAAUUGCAAAAAAGCUGCUUGAAGAAGACUACGAUUCAGGAAAAGCGACUGCAGACAUGACAUAUGAUGAAGUAGUUGCUCUGCAAAAAACAAUCUAUGGAAAAGUUCCAAAGACAAACUUUGUUAACAAUUGGAGAAGUCUCAAGAAUCGUAUCAACACAGAAAAGGCUUAG